AUGAUUCUAGGAAUCUAUGUCUAGAAGUAUAGUGGAUUUGACUCUAAAAGAGUCAUAUAAAUCCUUAGCAAGACCAAUUAGACAGACAAUAUCCAAAAGCAAUUUGCACUCAGAGUCUAUUGCAUUAAAGGACACUAAUGUGAGGAAUUGGCUAAGAUGAUAAGCACAGGAAAAUUUGAUGCAGAUGGCAGUGGUGCUCUUGACAUCGAUGAACUAAGUGAGUUAUUCCUUGAAAAUGAUAUUGGAAUUGAUAAAGAGACCCUUAAAGCAAUGUUUAAUAAUCAGAACUUUACUUUGCGAAACUUCAAGAAUAUCAACAACUCUCAGAAUUCACUUAAAUGUAAUAUAGAAAGAGCAAAAGUAUUGAACAAGAAGAUCAUGAAUAAAGAGAGUUCAACAUUUGAUUUGGAGAAGAUUAUCAAUAGAAAUGUAGAAAAUUUUGCUUCUAUGAUUUUAGCUAAUAAUGUUCAAGAAUAAGAUCUAACAAAUUCAGAUAACGCCUUAUACUUCAAACUGAAGCAGUAGUCUCUCAAAAACCAUUAUUUGACUUAGGAUGCUAGGUCACCAAAGCAAAAGUAACUUGAUCUGUAUAAUGAAAAGGUCAGGAAAACAUCUAAUAUACAUAAUUAGAGUACAAUAGACAACUCUCUUAACUAGUCAAUUUAUGAGAAAAAUAUCAUGAUGCAGAGUAUCUAUGAUAUUGGAGCUCAGCUUGAUAAACAUAAAAUUUCAGAUAUCCAAGUAGAUCUAAUGGGACUAACCAAGAAGAGAUUUAUAGUUGGUAAAGAUGUGGAUCAGUAUGUAAGGAAAAUAUCUGAUGAUGCUAAGUUAAAGGCAUAGUAAGCAGUGUUGGAUUACAGGUUGACUCAAGAACAAAGUAGGUCUGUAUUAAAUGAUAUCAAUAAAAAGUCAUAGUCCUAGAAAAGAAUGUUCAGCAAAGCCUCUCACUACAACAGUGGAAUGAAUUUUUCAUUUAAUGAUAACAAGUCUAGAUACAGUAUCAAAGUUCUAAGAAGACCUUUACCCAAUCAAGAUUUGUAAAUACAUAAGUCCUAAGUUAUAAUUGAAUAGUGA